AAAACAUCCAGAAAAUCCCAGAUGACCAAUGAAACUCUGGGGUCACUCAUGAGGGUCAGCCACAUCACCACCACAGUGGCAGAGUUUGACCCAGAGCCAGCCAUCCAGAAAUGGAAAACAUCUGCUAAGACCAAGAGUGGUAAACAGUGCUCAAUGGGCGCCAUGGAGAUCUGAGGUAAACAAGACUGCAGCUCAAGAAAACUGAGGUGAUCUUUCUGUUUUUGUGUUGGGCACUGCACAACACAACCUACCCCAGGAUCCAGCUCUCCUAAGAUGCUGCCCUCACCAACUGGUCCCUGCCAGACUAGCAGUCGCAGCCUGGUCUUUGGUCUAGGCCCCAGCAUCACCAGUGAGGAUGGCAUCAUCACCGGCGCCAAACUGCCAACUGGUCGUCAGAUCUUACGCUGCAUGCUUGCCAAGAAACCUGGUGCAAACGGAGCGUUGUCGCAGUUCGAGGCAACCAAGGGUGUCCUGGAGCAGGUGCGGCUAUUUUACAAGAAAGCCAACAUCCCAAUGAUGAGCGACAAGCGGGCCUGCCACAAGAUGGUAGACUUAGUCAAUGCUAACAACAAGCUGCUGAAAAUCUCCCAGGCCAAGCGCUCCAGUGAGACUACAGCGAAACAAUUGGAGAAAAUGGAGUGCAGACUUGAUGCCACAUUUCCGCUGUGGCCUCCAAAUGUUGAAAAGCUGAUUGAUAACCCAGAAGACCUAGCUUUCUUGGCCAGCAUGAAGACCGACAGAGUGGCCACAUUUGGUGUAUUGGACAAAAAGCUGCAGCUCAAGGUGAAGCGGCGAGAGGAGCGUCAAGCUGCUGCAGCAGCCAGGCAGUCCCGCUGUGAAAAGGAGCUGGAGGAGAUGACGGCAAUGUCCAGCUUGGUGUCGGAGAGUGAUGAGGAGCCAGAGGAGGAUACUAACACAGUCUGUCCAACAUCUGAGGGCGAACCAUCCCACAAGCGUAAGAAGACUGGAACAAACGUCUUCAUUCCACAUGACAUCCUUAGCCGACCAAGUGUUGUGUCACUGGCUACAAGGUUGAAGAUGUCACCAACGCAACAGGCUGCCUUCACGCGUGGCCUGGUUGCAGAGUUAGGCGGUGACUGUACACAUCUCUCUGCAUCUUACGCAACAGCUGACCGAGCAAGACGCCAAGUGCUGGAGACAAUCAGUGAGGAACGGCACAAACAGUGGACACCACCUCCAUUGUGCACCCUACACUGGGACAUCAAGUUAACACCGAUGCUCACCAAUGUGCGCCAGUUGGAGGAGCUUCUUACAGUGGUGGUUGGAGAUGCAGAGCGGCUGAAACUGCUUGGUGUCCCGGCGUAUAAGAAGCAGACCAAUGAGGCAUGUGGAGUGAUCAUUGCCCGGUUGACAUGCAAGUUGCUGCAGGACUGGUGCUGCGCUGACCAGGUUGUCAACAUGGCAUUUGACACCACUGCGCCAAACACCGGCCAUCUCACAGCAGCCUGCAUUGCCAUAUUGCUCUCACUGGGCCGACCACUGCUUUGGUCUGGGUGCCGGCACCACAUUGGUGAGGUCCUCCUGAACCAGGUUUUUACAGACCUGAAGGUGGAGACAUCACGCUCGCCAGAGGUUACCUUGUUCACACGUCUGAGAGAGAAAUGGAACCUGUUACCACAAUAAUCCAGCAGCCAAUGGUCCCGUUACAUUCCUGGCAACACCGAGCAACCACUCCUGGGCAAGUUACGUGCUGAACUUGUCAGGUGCGCAAAAGAAGUGACUGACCACAAGCGAGGUGACUACCGUGAGUUUGUGCAGCUGUGUCUUGUGUUUCUGGAUGAAGGUGGUGAAGAGCAGACUGCAGUGACCUUCCAACGACCGGGAGCGCUCCACAAGGCACGAUGGAUGGCCAAGCUGCUCUAUACUCUCAAGCUGGCUUUGAUGAAGCAGCACAUCGCGUUGCUUCCCCAGGGCACAAUUACCACACGGCAGCAGGUGCCGAAGAUUCGGGCAUUUGCCAUUUUCAUUACACACAUCUAUGCAAAGUGGUGGUUGACCUGCGAUAAAUCUGUAGAUGCUGCCUGGAAUGACCUGACACUCUACCACCACCUGCAGGCAUACAAGGCUGUAGAUGAAGGCAUUGCAGCAUCAGCGAUCAAGGCACUGGAGAGGCAUCGCUGGUACCUGACAGGUGAGAUGCUACCCCUGGCUCUCUUCAGCAGCAAGGUGCCCAAUGAGGACAAGCGUGCACUUGCCAGUGCGAUCUUGGAGCACAAGCCCGCUGAUCUCCCCAUGCACAUCCCUGAGCAGCGCUUUGGCACUGGCUUUGGCAAGCCAAAGUUCCCCACCCUCUUGCCAACCACCAGCUUGGCUGAUCUCGCCAAUAGGAUUGCUGGUUUGGGAUGCACCAGCUGCACAUUGAUCCAGAAUUGAUGUCUCUCGAUGUGAAGGAAUGGGCGACCAAUGCUGCGUUAAAAAAAAGUGAGGUCAAUGUAUGUGCAAUGAACGUGGUCAAUGACUGUGCCGAGCGUGGCGUCAAGCUCACGUCCGACUUCGUCGCAGUGGCCAGGAAGGAGCAGCACCUGCAGAAUGUGCUGCAGGCAGUUGAACAUGACCGCAGCCAACAGCCAAACCUUCGCCGCUGCAAGCUAAUCGCAAGCUUGCGAUAGGACGGUUACUCUUGGGUGGCGGGUGGGGAGACAUAUCUGGAGGGAGACGCACGGGCUAGGUUCAGAGUUCAGGUUCCAUUUCCUCUCUCUUUCUCCCUGGUGAUGUUGCUCAGUGGAGCGGAGUCUGGCACAGACUGAGCAAUUAAGUUUGAAGUUUAGUUAGGGUUUGUUCUUUUAAGUGUGUCAGUAUCGCCCCUUGUGUUUAACAAUAAAGUCAAUUAAACUUUA